UAGAACGCUGCACAGAUGACGCAUCGACUGCUGCAAAAGAAGGAUAUAAUUUUCUCGUACGUAUUUCUGUGUUCAAUCAAGAAUUUGCGUCUCUAAUUUAUCGGAUUUAAACUAUCAAAAUGAGUUUCCUGACGAAAAUGUUCGGAGGCAAGAAAGAGGAGAAAGGCCCGACAACGCACGAGGCGAUACAAAAAUUACGUGAAACUGAAGAGUUGUUGAUCAAGAAACAGGAAUUUCUGGAGAAGAAAAUCGAGUUAGAAAUCCAAACAGCUAGGAAAAAUGGCACCAAAAAUAAACGAGCUGCAAUCGCCGCGCUCAAGCGUAAGAAGCGCUAUGAGAAGCAACUCACCCAGAUUGACGGGACACUCACCCAGAUUGAGGCACAGCGUGAGGCACUUGAGGGGGCUAACACCAAUGCCCAGGUGCUCAACACAAUGAAGGAUGCUGCCAACGCAAUGAAACUUGCUCACAAGGAUAUCGACGUGGACAAGGUGCACGACAUCAUGGACGACAUCGCGGAACAGCACGACAUCUCGCGCGAGAUCACCGACGCCAUCAGCAACAACGUCGCCUUCCCCAACGACAUCGACGAGGACGAACUCGAGAAGGAGUUGGAAGAGCUUGAACAGGAGGAUCUCGACAAGGAGAUGCUGGGCAUCAAUGUGCCCACAGACACGCUGCCGGAGGUGCCCAGCGCGGAGCUCGUCCACGACAAGCCCAAGCCCAGCAGGUCCAAGCAGACUGAGGACGACGAGGAAUUCGCAAAGCUGCAGUCCUGGGCUACGUAGGCUGACUGAUGAACUACUCGUACGUUGUGAUAUUUUGACGGUAGCGAGUCGAGUGAAGGUUUAGUUUUGCACAAUUAAGCUCAAACAGAAGUGAAGUG